CCGUGAUUGGUCAGAGCCUUCUACUACUCCACGUCAUGAAUGAAUGGCAGUUUAACUAAACGACAACAGACAACGUGAACACGAUAAACAAACGUGAAACAAGCUAAAUAUAUGUGAACCAGUUCUUCAAAAGAUCGUGUUCUAGGUCAAAAUGAGCGUUGGCUUCAUCGGAGCGGGUCAGUUGGCGCAUGCGCUGGUGAAGGGCUUCGCGUUGGCAGGUGUGAUCGCCACGCACAGGAUAACAGCGAGCUCUCCCGACAAAGACCUGCUGACCGUCGCCGGGCUAAGAAAAAUGGGAGCAUCCUUCACGACCAGCAAUAAAGAGACUGUGAAGAAGAGCGAUGUCCUGUUCCUCGCGGUCAAGCCACACAUCAUUCCCUUCGUUCUGGACGAGAUCGGGCCAGACAUCGAGGACCGUCAUCUCAUCGUCUCUUGUGCAGCGGGAGUCACCAUCAGCUCCAUAGAGAAGAAACUGCUGCAGUAUCGCCCGGCGCCUAAAGUGAUCCGCUGCAUGACGAAUACCCCAGUGGUGGUGCGUGAAGGGGCCACGGUGUACGCCACCGGCACCCAUGCAGAGGUGGAGGAUGGGAAGCUCCUGGAGCAGCUGAUGGCCAGUGUGGGAUACUGCACCGAGGUGGAGGAGGACCUGAUCGAUGCCGUCACUGGCCUCAGCGGCAGCGGCCCAGCCUAUGCGUUCCUCGCUGUGGACGCUCUUGCUGACGGAGGGGUGAAGAUGGGAUUGCCCAGGAGACUGGCUGUGCGACUGGGAGCUCAGGCUCUGCUUGGUGCGGCAAAAAUGCUCCUGGACUCGGAGCAACACCCCGGAGAGCUAAAAGACAACGUGGCUUCACCCGGAGGUGCUACGAUCCAUGCUUUACACGUCUUGGAAAGUGGCGGUUUCCGCAGCCUCCUGAUCAACGCUGUGGAGGCGUCGUGCAUUAGAACCAGGGAGCUUCAGUUCUUGGCUGACCAGGAGAAGAUUUCUCCAGCUGCCAUAAAGAAGACCACUUUGGACAAGGUGCUUCAGCAGUCGGGUUCAACGGCAGCAGGUGGCGGGGUCAGGACCGGCCUCAACCUCUUUAAUAGCACCAACCCCAAACACAAGAAAACCUGAACCUGGUCACCACCAUAUCCAGCUUACAGCAAGGAUGAGACCACUUCAAGAAUUGCAGACAAGAUGCUAAGACCAAAAAUGCUAUAAGUUGUUCUCAUAAACUUGUUAUCGAGCUUUUUUCAAAACCUGUGCUGUUCAGUUGUCUAUAUUGUUUUCUGUUUUUUUUUUUUUUUUACCUUUUUGGCUAGUAUGGACCAGCUCUAAGAAGUUAGUUUAUCUUGAUAUACACUGUACAUCAUGCACUGCACUGUAAAAAAC